AUGGCUCUCAUGUAUGGCAAAGAAAAGGAUGCAGGUCAUGAACUGACCUCUGACCCUGGCUUCGUUACAUUCUUCUCAAAACUCCCAAAGAAAUCACCUGAAACUGGAACGAUCCGCCUCUUCGAUCGCACGGACUAUUACUCUGUCCACGGGCAAGAUGCCCACUACGUCGCCACACACGUUUUUCGCACUAACUCCGUCCUCAAGUACCUAGGUGCUGGAGGCAAGGCUGGUGGUCUUCCUAGUGUUACGCUGAGCCAUACUCUGGCUCACUCCCUUUUGCGGGAUGCUCUUACAUCUAAACAGCUGCGCGUGGAGAUUUGGGUGCCCGCACCAGGGCAGGGAAGGAAGGCCUCCAAGUUUGUUUUGGAAAAAGAGGCGUCUCCUGGAAACCUGCAAGCUGUCGAAGAUCUCCUCUUUGUUAGCUCUGACGUUACGUCGGCACCUAUCGUUUUAGCUGUCAAAAUAUCAUCAUCUUCGGCGACGAACAAAGCUAAGACCAAGUCUGUCGGCAUUGCCUUUGCGGACACAAGUGUGAGGGAGUUUGGAGUUGCUGAUUUCGUCGACAACGAUCUGUUCUCGAACCUUGAAUCUCUUGUCAUACAACUCUCAGUCAAAGAAGCUAUUAUUCCAACCGGAACAGCGUCGGGGACGACAGACCGCGACCUCGACCUGAGCAAGCUAAAAGCCGUUUUCGAGAGGUGCGGCGUUGUUGUGACCGAACGUAAACCAAGCGAAUUUACUGCGAAAAAUGUAGUAGACGAUGUCAAAAAGCUAACAAUUGAUUCGGAAACAGAUUCAGAGUCUGCUGCACCGAUUCCUGAGCUCUCCCUGCCUUCAGCCCCGUCUGCUCUCGCUGCCUUGAUCAGUUAUCUCUCUCUCCUUUCUGAUCCAUCCAAUCAUGGUGCAUACAAGUUACGGACACACGAUCUGGCACGAUAUAUGCGCUUGGAUGCUAGUGCAUUGCGUGCACUGAAUCUCAUCGAUGCCCCUGGGAGUGCUGGAAGUAUCAAUAAGAACGCAACACUCCUUGGUCUACUCAAUAAAUGCAAGACCGCUCAGGGCACGAGGCUCCUCGGGACAUGGCUCAAGCAACCUUUGAUAAAUCUGCACGAAAUAUGUAAACGGCAAGACCUCGUGGAGACAUUCGUAGAUGACGCAUCUAAACGGAGAACGCUGCAGGAUGACUACUUGAAACUGAUGCCUGAUCUCCAUCGGCUAAGCAAGCGAUUCAAGAAAUCUAUCGCGUCCCUUGAGGAUGUUGUGCGGGCAUAUCAAGUCGUCCUCAAGCUGCCUGGUUUGCUUGAGGCUCUCGAGGGUCUCCAGUACGAGCACGAAGAACACAAGGAGCUUAUCGACGAGGUUUAUAUCAAGCCUUUCCAGGCUAUUAAUGAUAACCUCGUUAAAUAUGGCGAGAUGGUCGAGUCAACGCUCGAUCUUGCAGAGCUCGAAAAUCAUAAUUAUGCAAUCAAGCCUGACUAUGAUGAGCGUCUCCAGACUCUGGCAGACAAACUUGUAGAGAUUCGUGAUGGUCUUGAUGCCGAGCAUCGUACUGCAGGCAAGGAUCUCGGGCUUGACCUCGACAAGAAGUUGCACCUUGAAACUCUCAGACCUACGGACGCCAAAGUCAUCAUGCGGAAUAGCAAGUACACCGAACUCGGGACUGUCAAGAGCGGGGUCUACUUCACGACCAAGAAGCUGAAAGGAUUUUCAACGGAUCAUCAAGAGGCAACAUAUACACCUGUACUAGAGAAUCUUGACCACGUCAUCGCACAUUUAGAUGUGAUCCUCAGCGGCUUAAUAUUGCGCGAUGCACGGCAUCCUUGCCUCGAAGUUCAAGACGAUAUUAGCUUCAUUCCGAACGAUGUAGAGAUGGUGAAGGGUAAGGUUGAUCACACCGUCGCCGUUACAUAUCUCACGUGCCGCUUUGUAGGCGAGGGCGAAUUCCAGAUCAUCAGUUGGAGUCAUUGCUCUCAUGGCACAGACUGGAUGUUUCGUGCCUUGCUCGGAGGCAACCUUGCCGAUCUUCGAUUCCGUGCUGUGUAG